AUGGAGCCAAUUCCAACAAGUGGUACUAUAGUUGCAGCAGAGCAUGUUUAUCAUCACAUAAACAAACAUAGAAUUGGUCAUUAUAAAGAUUGUAUUUUAUCUGUUAUUAGAGGUUUUAGAAAUGGUGUUUUAACAGGUGUUAGAAUUAGAAUACCCUAUAUUUUCCAAGCAGUUAUAUAUGCAUCAUUGUUUAGAGAUGCAAAAUCAGCCAGUAGGGUGAAAUUUGUAAUUAAACAGAUGUUUUUUCAUGGUAAAAAUCUUGGAUUGUUUGUUGGUAUUUAUAAAGCAAUUUGUUGUGUAUUUAGACAUUUUGGAAUUAAAGGUGGAAUUGAUAGUUUAGUUGCAGGUUUUGUUGGCGGUUAUAUUGCAUUUGGUGAUAGUAAAUCUGUAAGUGGUAGUGUUAACAAUCAAAUUGUAUUAUAUCUUUUUGCAAGAGCACUUAUUGGAAUUAUACAAGGCAUGGUAAAAAGAAAAAUUAUACCCCAAACUUUAUCAACCACAACUCCAAAAGGUUUCAGAAUUUUUGCAGCUGUCACUUUGGCUUUAAUUUUAUACUUAACAGAAUAUGAACCAGAUACUUUAAAUCAAGGUUUUAUGGGCACCAUGACUGUACUUUACCAUAAAUCUGAUUCCGGUCCAAUUUUUGAAAAAGACGAUAACAAAUUUUUACCAAUUCUUUCAUUAAUCGUUAUUUCUUUAAUCGGUUCAGUUUAUCCAAAAUUAAGUUUAGAUAAUAUUUUAACAAAAUUAAAAUUAUAA